UUUCCUUUAUUGAAAAGCCGAAUCGUCUGGUAAACAGAGGGGGAGAGAGAUGAGCGUGUUCGGAGGAGAUAGCUGGGCGAGAGAGGCGCAGCAGAGGAAGCGAAGGGUGGAGGAUCUGGCCCUGGAAGCACUCGAUGAUGCGUCUUCCUACAAGAAGCUGCUCAGCGGCAAAUACGUAUGCCUCCUCUGUCCUCACUCACCCAUCCUCGAUUCCCCUCUCAUGCUCUCUAUGCAUAGCAAGGGAUCACGCCACCGUGCUGCAGAGUCCAAGCUAAAGGAAAGAGAGUUGGCUAGACAACAUGAGAUAAAUAAACGAAUAGCACUGUCAGACUCUUCUGUUGGCACUGCAAACCAUAAUAGCUACCACCAAAAGUUCAGAUCAGUUGGUAAACCAUUGAUUGAACUGUCACAAAAGGCUACUUCAGAGAUACUUUGCAACCAAACUCCUCAGCAGAGUUCCAAUAAUCGGAACCAUGAUGUACAACUAAUUUUGGAUCGCAUUACAAGUGGGAAUUCAAAUCCGAGUCAAAAUAGCUUUUGUCCUGCAAUUGAAGCAGCUGACAAGUUGGUUGCACAGCAGCAACAUUUGGAUCUCCAUGAGCGCCGAGAGAUGGAACUAAAGUUCACAGCUGCAGGUUGGAAGCGUGAUUGUCAUGGAAAGUGGUUCAGAGAUGAAAAUGUUGAGUUUGAUUCCGAUGAAGAAGAUCCAAAUGUAUGUCUUGGUUGAUAUAUGUUGGAAGAUUGUACCUGAGAUAGACAUGCAAUAUGAUCCUGAUCAAGAACGGCGGCCUUUGUUAUCUAAUUGGGCAUGCAAACGGAGUGCUAACUUUGUUACUUUCCAAAAACCUGGAACAGAAAUCUUUUUGCACAGCGAUUUGCCUUGAGGCGAGUUGAUGCGUCCGUGUCAAAAAAUACAGGAAGCCGAUGCGGUAUGUAAUUAUGUAUGCACUUGCACAAUGCAUGAUCCUCAGCGGAGCGGAUUUUACUUCGAAGUUGUAGCAUUCAAUUAAGAAGCAGUUGCUCGUGCAAUUUUAUUUAUCUUUGACCUUGACGUACGAACAAUAAACGAUUGGGUGAACUGCGACACACCGAAUUAUGGACCUACGGUCGAAAGAAUUUCCUUCCUGGGAAGUUGUUUUCAAGCAGGCCACGGAGGAAGCAAAAGCCCACGACUACAGGGAGAACUAUUUAUUUUUUAUUUUCAAACAGCACAACCAUACUGGGCCCAAAAGCCUUUAAAAGCUUCCCUUUAUUAUUUUUUUCACCA